AGUUUUUGUACUGAUAUUCCAGAUUAUUGACAAUGUCACUCAGCAACCUACAUCCCAGCACCCAGUGUUACUGUGACUGUACACACUGGCAUUAAUCUAGCUCCCUCAGCCUCUUCGGUGCUCUAUGUCAUCGACAGUAUCUGUACUGCUGUUAAUUUCUUCAUGUGAUUAAAGAUGAGUGACCUUAAGGGCAAUGCAGUGAUGCUGUGCACUGUUUCACUGGAAAGAGGGGAGGGCGUCUGCCCAGCUCAUUGUUCCUAAUCACUAAACAGUCUUUAUCUAAGUGUGGUUAUUGAGUGAAGGCAGUUUUGGGAUCAGCUGCAAUAUUCUCUAAAGAUAAAUAGUCUGCUGAUACCUUUCUGAGCAAAGCAGGAACAGGGUGGAAGCCAUUCAGCUCUUUGAACUAUUUCCUCCAUUCAGUUAGUCCAAGGCUAAUCUGAAUCUCAACUCCUUUUGCCUGCCUCUGAUUCAGAAUCCUUGACGUUAUGCUAAAUAAAAUGAUCAAUCCAGUUUAGACAUUUUAUCAUUGAUGGAGCACCCUGGGAGCUGUGUUCUGGGCAUAAGGAGAAAGGGAGGAAAGGAUAACGUUGCAGAGACAGUUAACACUGCUAUUAAAGUCUGCAAACAGUUGCUAAGCUGUGACCUGUGCCUGUUUAAAUGCAGAGGUUUGACCGAUGAGUCAGAGAUCCUGAAGUUUCUGCAGCACGGCACCCUGGUGGGAUUGCUCCCUGUGCCUCAUCCCAUCCUUAUUCGCAAGUAUCAAGCCAACUCUGGCACUGCCAUGUGGUUCCGCACGUACAUGUGGGGUGUCAUUUACCUGAGGAAUGUUGACCCACCCAUCUGGUAUGACACCGAUGUGAAGCUUUUCGAAAUUCAGCGGGUUUGAGGACCCACGCUGGAAUGGAGAACUCUCUAGCCAAAUUACUUUUCACUUUAAUUCUCAGUCUGUCAGCUGGUUUCUGCACCUCUUUAUCUAAAUCGAUAUAAGACACCCUUUCACAUCGUCUGUGUACCCCCGAUAGGAUUGUGGGCAGAGCCCUUCCUUACUGAGCCAGAAACUCUCAAAUUCUCCCCUGUUGCUGAUUGAAUGGUCAGUGCUAACCUGACCAGAUAGCCCUGUCCCCACGCUGCUCUGUCUUCAGGGUUUCAGUCUGCGACACAUUAUGCAAUUCCUUUACUGAACGAUGGUAACAGCCCAUGACUCUUGGUUAAUAAAGCAGCACCUACGCUAACUCACUCUGGGAGCAGCACCUACUAUUGCGCCAGAUUCCCUGAGUGAGGGUAAUGGUAAACUCCACCCUACCCCUGUCCUUCAGUGUCUCUCUCCUGACCCCU